AUGUGUGGGUUGAAGUCUUCCAAUAGUCGUGUAGCAUCUUGCAAACAUGUAGAGCUUUUUUCUUCUCGAACGGAUUGGCCGAGAGUUGCUUGGUCGAGUCGAUUGUUUCUCGACCAUUUAUUUUUGGCCGAGACUCCUUUCGGCCAAAGUCGUCUAUGGCCGGCCGCGAACAAAAUAACCUCCUUGGGCGCGAAAUGGUUGGUUUCGCGUGUUGGGCGCGUUGGGCGCUCCGGCCGCGCUUACGUCACUAUGAGGGAUAUUACAAUGAUAGUCCACAACAAACGGCGAAUGAAUUUUCAAACGGACUGUGCAGAUUUGGUGAAGAUGGUGUCCAGACCCAGAGAGUGGCUGGCGUUUGAGAUUCUACUUGAUGAGGUUGAGAAGUGCAAAAGGAAGUUCCAGGCGUUCUCCUUAACCCACAUCCCAAGGACAAAGAACACAAAGGUGGACAAGCUAGCACAGAGUGCUCGAGAUCAGCCUUACGGUGUGUAUUAUAUAAACUCAGUUCCACCGGUCUUGCUCCCCGAACCGUUUUAG